GAAACGUGCAAAGACCGCUUGCUCACAAGAGAAGAUUCCGUGGUUCUAUAAAUAGGGCCAUUCUCCAAUCUAAUUUGAUGCAUAACCCAAAUUUGUAGUUGCACAUUCAAGGUAGAGAGCAAGCUACUCGUUUCUCACACAAAAACAUUCAAAAAAGAAAUGACAAUUGAGCGUCUUAUUAUUGUGGCGUUUAUUGCCACAACCCUAUUCUCUAUGGCCUCUGCCGUUCCUGGAAUUGCUACAUACUACACAGUUUAUGUUCCGUCGGCAUGCUAUGGGUUUGAAGACCGCGGCACAAUGAUAGCCGCAGCUAGUGCGGACUUGUACGCUAAUGGAGCUGCCUGUGGAAGAAGAUACAGUGUUGCAUGCACGUCAGGCACCAACGCAGUUCCAAAUCCAUGCAGGAAUGGCCGCGUGACUGUGACGGUCGUCGAUCUCUGUCCCGGCUGCCCAGCAAAUGGCCUCGAUCUCUCUCAGGAAGCCUUCUCCAUCAUUGCUGAUCCUGCAGCUGGGAGAAUCAACAUCGACUUCACUCAGGUUUGAAACUUUCCUGGAGAAAUUUCCAGCUAUCAAGAAUAAUAAGCCGUUCACUCAUUAUCCCAAAAAAAGAAAAAGAAAAUAAAACUGCUGCUUUUCUUCUUUUGUGCCCCCCCCCCCCCCCCC